AGUAUGGAGAACCAGACCCUAGAGGGAGAUACUUUGCUCCUGGAGGGGUUGAAGGUCACGCCUCAGUUCUCCAUCCCGGCCUUCAUCCUCCUCCUCCUCAUCUACUUCUUCAUCAUGGUGUCCAACAUCGGGCUGGUGGUUCUGAUCAGCACGGAGCGCAGCCUGCACCAGCCCAUGUACCUGCUGUUCUGCAACAUGAGCAUUAACGAUGCGUUCGGGGCCUCUGCCAUCAUCCCGCCCUUGUUGAGCGAUAUCUUUACUCCCAUCUCGGAGCGCUACGUUGGUUACAUCCACUGCGCCUUCCAGGCCUUCUGUGCUCACUUUUAUGCGAGUGCUACUCACACCGUGCUCAUGAUCAUGGCGUUCGAUCGCUACGUGGCCAUCUGCAACCCACUGCACUACGCCACCAUCAUGACCCACAGGAUGGUGCUGGGUCUGUCGGUGUGGGCGUGGACCAUCUCCUUCCUCUUGGUGGUGAUCCUCAUCGGCCUCAGUGUGCGUCUGUCUCGCUGCAGGAUGGUUAUCCUCAACCCGUUCUGCGAUAACGCCUCUUUGUUCAAGCUGUCCUGUGAGAGCGUGCUCAUCAACAACAUCUAUGGCCUUGGAUACACCGUGGUCCUGCUGGGCUCGUCGCUCGGCAGUGUCACGCUCACCUACCUGAGGAUCGCUUUAGUGUGUCUGCGCAGUAAGAACAAGACUCUGAACAGAAAAGCGCUGCAGACCUGCGCCACUCACCUGGCCGUCUACGUCAUCAUGUUCGUGUCCGGCUCCAUCAUCAUCGUCCUUCAUCGUUACCCGCACUUGUCGGAUCACAGGAAGCUGGCGUCCAUCUUGUUCCACGUGGUUCCUCCCGCUAUGAACACGGUUAUCUACGGACUGCAAAUCAAAGCGGUCCGACAGAAAAUCUUUAUCAUGUUCACCAGGAAUACAACGACGGGGGGUAAAUGA